AUGAAAAACAAAUAACAUCAGGAAGGUAAAUUGAAGAAUCACCCAUUUCGACAUUUGAUAUACGGUCCAACCAUUGGUGAGAAUUCGUUUAAUAAAUUUUUAUAACUCACUUAAAGAGGUUUAGUAUAUGCUAAGAAAUGCCUAAAGGGUCCUUCUGAUAAAUUUAUCAAGUCAAAGAUGGUUUAAUUGCCAGAAUGUGUGAUUGUGAAGCCAAAAACCCUAUUGUUGGAUUUGGAUGAAACCUUGAUCCACAGUUGUUCUCUAAGAGAAAAUCCACAAGUCACAGUCACCGCAUUUGGAGAUUAUGGCGAAGAAGCCAAAAUCCACUUCAAUAUUAGACCAUUUUGUGCGUGGUUCUUGCAAUAAAUGAGUCAAUUGUACACAAUUUAUGUCUUUACUGCCUCUUCAUCUGCCUAUGCUAAUGCUAUAGUGAAUUAUUUGGAUCCAAAGAGACAAUGGAUUUUGGGAAUUCUAUCUCGUGGGAACUGCAUGGAGACGAAGAAUGGUUUCUUUAUUAAGGAUUUGAGAAUUGUUGGGAACAAAUAAUUGAAGGACAUGGUGAUUGUUGACAAUUUGGCUCAUUCUUUUGGAUUCCAAAUUGAAAAUGGUAUUCCCAUCUUAGAAUGGCAUAACGAUUAGAAUGAUUAAGAACUUAAAUACUUGGCGACUUAUUUGAUGGAAGCAGCUGAUUAGGAAGACAUCAGAGUAUUUAAUACAUAGAGAUUAAAAUUGGAUCAACUUAUAGAAUAUAGUUUAGAAUGA